UUCUUCCACUACACUAACUAAAUUUAAUAUUAUAAUAAAAUAAAAUAUUUUUAUAUUGUAAGCUGUACCAUCUGUUUGGUGUUGACGACCCGGGCCAGUGAUGAGGAGGAACGAAAGUGCUGCUGCUGGUAAAAAAAAAUGUACUCAAGGAGGAAGUGAAAGGACGAUGGAGAAAUGGAUGGCACGGGACCGGGCCAGCUUGACGCCUUGUUGACGCCAAUGGAUGACAUGUUUGUUUCUACCGGGAUGAUUUUGGAGGAAGCGCAUCCAAAAGCGAUACUUUAUUAGCAAAUGCUACUGCUUAGCAUGUUAGCAUGUCUUGUUUGACGUGUCGCUAUUACUUUCCAGAUGGAGGGGAGAGAAAAAAAAACUUUUCCUGACGAAAACGUUCGUUUUUGUGUUAAUUAAUCGACGAUGGAAUUAAGAGUGAGGUUUUUAAAAUUGUGGCGAAUUCAGUCAAGACGUUGCUAGCAGCUAGCUAAAAUUGACUUAAGCUAAUUAGCUUUUGGGACCGUCAGACAUACAGAGAGGUCUGUAAAUUCAUAACUGUAAUUAUUAAUGGCGAUUUAAAGGCACUUUUUUUGCACCAUGUGUGCACAGUGGUGAAAAUAAUAACUGUUGACGUCGCAUGGAUGUGAGAAAAUGCGCAUCACUGGAUCCAUUGUACGUCACCUAAGUUCCUAGAACAUUACUGUCAACACCGACCACCGAGACUGAAUCAGCCAUGCGCGUUUCAUCGUUUUUGGCCGUGUUCAGGCCUGUUUUACCCCUGAUCCUGGGGCUGUCUCUGGGCUGCAGCCUGAGCCUCCUUAUGGUCUCCUGGACUCAGGGGGACACGGAGGAGUCCUGCAGGGACGAGCUGGGAAACGGGAAACUUUUCCUGGGCAGGGGGGGUGCUCAGAGGGAUUCGAGGGACUCAGGCGGGGAGGAGGACUUCCAGCCACGUAUCGUGCCCUACAACAAGGACCCCAACAAGCUGCACAAGAAAGUCCUGAGGACCCGUUACAUCCACACAGAGCUGGGCAUCAGAGAACGCCUCCUGGUGGGCGUUCUGACCUGCCGCGCGACCCUCAACACGCUCGCGGUGGCGGUCAACCGCACGGUGGCCCACCACUUCCACCGCACUUUCUUCUUCACGGGCCUGCGCAGCCCCAAGGUGCCGCACGGCAUGGCGGUGGUGGCGCACGGCGACGACCGCCCCGUGUGGCUGAUGUACGAGACGGUGCGCCAUCUUCAUCAGCACUACGGUGCCGACUACGACUGGUUCCUGCUGGCCCAGGACGACACCUACAUGCAGGCGCAGCGUCUCGCAGAGCUGGUGGGCCACCUCAGCGCGGGACAGGAUCUCUACAUGGGCCGGGCGGAGGAGUUCAUCGGCGGCGAGGAGAAGGCACGUUACUGCCACGGCGGGUAUGGCUACCUGCUGUCCCGCAGCCUGCUGGCGCGUCUGCAGCCGCACCUCGACUCCUGUCGCAACGACAUUCUCAGCGUCAGACCCGACGAGUGGCUGGGUCGCUGCAUCAUCGACUACCUGGGUCUCAGCUGUGUGGAGGUCCACCAGGUAGGGACCAUGUUUCAUGACGCCAUGGAAGCAGACCUCCGAAAUGUGCGCUUCCUCUCUUCACAGGAGAUGACGUAUCGUUAUUUUGAGCUGGGGAAAAACGCUGAUCCGGAGCGUGAAGACGGCACGCGGUUUAAAAACGCCUUCACCGUCCAUCCGGUGUCGGAGCCCAAUCUGAUGUAUCGCCUCCACAAGCGCUUCAGCCAGAUUGAACUGGAAUGGACCUACAUGCAAAUACAAGAGAUACAGAUGCAGAUCAACAACCUGAGCGACUUGACACCCGAGGGCAAGGCGGGCGUCACGUGGCCGGUGGGCAUCAACCCCCCCUUCAAACCCAGAACACGCUUUGAGGUGAUCAACUGGGAGUACUUCACCGAGGAGCACAUCUACUCCUGCGUGGACGGUUCCCCCAAGUGCGAGAUGAGGGGCGCCGACCGCGCCGACGUCGCCUCGGUGCUGGAGAUUGCUGUGGAGCGCCUGAACGAGCGCUACCAGCCUCAGUUGCGCUUCCUAAAGCGCCGCCUGCUCAACGGGUACCGGCGCUUCGACCCCACGCGCGGCAUGGAGUACGUGCUGGACCUGGCGCUGGAGGCGUACACCCAGAAGGGCCACAGCCAGGUCAUCGCCAAGCGGGUCAACCUGCUGCGGCCGCUGAGCGCCGUGGAGAUCAUACCCAUGCCUUACGUGACGGAGGCCACGCGGGUGCAGGUCAUACUCCCCGUCACCGCUCAGGAUCAGGACUAUGUGGGCAACUUCCUGGACAUGUACGUGAUGAACACGCUGGACACGCACGACAACGUCCUGCUCACCUUCCUCUUCAUCUACGAUCCCUUCGAUGCCCAGCGGGUCAGCCAAACGGACGUGUUUGCUGGCGUCAAAGCCAUGAUCGGUGAAGUAGAGAAGCGCUACGGCGACGUGAAGAUCCCCUGGAUCAGCGUCAAGACGGAGGUUCCCUCACAGGUGAAGCUGAUGGACAUCAUCUCCAAAAAACACCCGGUGGACACACUCUUCUUUCUGGCCAGCGUGUGGACCGAAGUCAACGCCGACUUCCUGAACCGCUGCCGUAUGAACGCCAUCAGCAGCUGGCAGGUCUUCUUCCCCAUCCACUUCCAGGAGUACAGCCCGGCCGUGGUCUACCGCGACCAGCAGCCCUCCGCCGCCUCGUCCUCCUCCUUUGCCUCAGAGUCGCUGCGGGACGGCCACUUCGACCGCCGCGUCUUCGACGAGGCUUGCUUCUACAACGCCGACUACAUGACCACGCGCACCAAGAUGGCGGCCGAUAUCCUUGACAACGAGGACAUGCUGGAGAGCAUGGACGUGUACGAUAUAUUCGUCCGCUACUCCGGGCUGCACGUCUUCCGAGCCGUGGAACCGGCGUUGGUUCAGAAGCACGUGCGACGGGCGUGCAACCCGCGUUUCAGCGAGGACAUUUACCAUCGCUGCGUCCUCAGCAACCUGGAGGGGCUGGGGUCACGCUCCCACCUCGCCAUGGCGCUGUUUGAGCAGGAGCAGGCCAACAGCACCUAGCGAGGACAUUCCUAACUCCUUCAUUGCUCGAAAGGUGUUCUACUUGAAGAACUUGAACUAUUUCUACUCCACACGACAUUCCGGGUUAAACAUAUCCACAUUUUUACACUCCCGACUGAAGACGCCAUUCACCAUUCCAAAACAUUAUUUCUUUUUUAUACUGGAAAUGUAAAUCAUACUGGAAAUAAGUUGCUGCCUUUCUUUGUUUACGUUUGUCUUUCUUAAAUAAUAAAAGUAUGACAUGUCA